UAGAUAAAAUUUUAUUAGCUAAUAUUUCAUAGUUUACUGAAAGGAUCAACACGAAUUUCCUAUUAAAUUUUUUAUAAACGGCAUAAAGAAAAUUGAAUGGUGGUGCCGCCUAACGGCUCAAUGAGUGAAAUACAAAUCGAAUGCUAUUCACGGAGCGAUGAAUGAUUCACUGAGAUGGCACUGCAAUACGAUCCUAAAAAAAAACAUUUAAUGAUAUUGUUGUGAACUGCAAUGUGGCAUGUGCUCAAAUUGUUGUGAGUAAAGUAAUACAAAGUAGAAAGUUCAAUUAAAAUACCAUUAAUAAACAUGCUACGAAAGGGUAACUUUUUAACGAGACACUUGCGCUACGGCCUAAGAACGUUUCAUGAUGAAGGUAUCGUUAUCGGCUGUACGCAAGAUACUAAUUCACCAGAAUAUCAGGAAAAUUACAUUCAGAUGAAAGCUGUGGUAGACACGUUUAAAGAGGUAGUGGGAAAAAUCGUAGAAGGCGGAGGACAUAAGGCAAAAGAGAGACACACGAAGAAAGGAAAGCUAUUACCACGAGAUCGAAUCAACAAGCUCCUCGACCCAACAUCUCCCUUCCUGGAAUUCUCCCAGUUAGCAGGUUACGAAAUGUACGGCAAAGAGGAUGUACCGGCCGGAGGAAUUAUUACCGGUAUCGGUAGAGUCGAAGGAACCGAAUGCGUGAUAAUUGCGAACGAUGCGACCGUAAAAGGUGGCUCUUACUAUCCAAUUACGAUAAAAAAGCAUCUGAGAGCGCAGGAAAUCGCUGAAGAGAAUGAGUUACCGUGCGUGUAUCUGGUAGACAGCGGUGGCGCAAAUUUACCUAGGCAAACAGACGUAUUUCCGGACAAAAUGCAUUUCGGUAGAGCAUUUUACAACCAAGCAAACAUGAGCGCGAAGGGUAUCGCUCAGAUCGCGGUGGUCAUGGGGAGCUGCACGGCAGGAGGGGCAUAUGUGCCUGCAAUGGCGGACGAAAACGUGAUCGUGGAGAAUCAGGGUACCAUCUUCUUGGCUGGACCACCUCUGGUGAAAGCUUCGACGGGUGAGGAUGUUACCGCGGAAGAGUUAGGUGGUGCGGCGCUGCACUGUCGGAAGUCCGGUGUUACCGAUCAUCAGGCUGUAGACGAUAACCAUGCUCUGUAUCUGACUCGGCAAAUUAUCAAGGACUUGAACAGACAGAGACCUAUGCAUGUCAAUGUGAAGAAGGAGAUCGAAAUACCCGUACACGCUGUCGAUGAAAUUUACGGUAUCGUUGGUACCAAUCUGAAGCGACCUUACGACGUGAGGGAAGUCAUCGCGAGGAUCGUGGAUGGCUCCAAGUUCCGCGAAUUCAGAGCUCAGUACGGAGAAACUUUGGUUACAGGAUUCGCAAGAAUUUACGGCUACCCCGUGGGAAUAAUCGCGAAUAACGGUGUAUUGUUCUCCGAGAGCGCGUUGAAGGGUGCGCAUUUCGUGCAACUUUGCGCUCAGAGGAAAAUACCGCUUAUUUUCUUGCAGAACAUUACGGGCUUCAUGGUGGGCAAGGAGGCUGAAGCUGGGGGAAUCGCUAAAAACGGAGCAAAAAUGGUGAACGCUGUAGCAUGUGCCAAAGUACCGAAAAUUACGGUGAUGAUCGGUGGCUCGUACGGAGCUGGAAAUUACGGUAUGUGUGGACGAGCUUACUCUCCGAGAUUUCUCUAUUCGUGGCCUAAUGCCAGAAUAUCUGUGAUGGGAGGGGAACAAGCUGCUGGCGUGAUGACACAAAUUACCAAAGAUCAGCGUGCCCGGGAAAAGAAACAGUACACCGCGGAAGAGGAGCAGCAGACGAGAAAGACGAUCAUCGAGCAAUUUGAGAAGGAAAGCAAUCCCUACUAUUCUAGUGCCAGACUAUGGGACGAUGGCGUGAUCGAUCCAGUUGAUACCAGAGUGGUACUCGGUCUGAGUUUAUCCGCGGCAUUGAACGCACCUAUACCAGAGAGCACGUUUGGAGUGUUUAGAAUGUAAAGCACUUUCAGCGGCGCGGUCAAUAAUCUCCAGCGAUGAAAGUAUAAUCAGACUCUUCUGAUUCGUUAUUCUCUAUUACCGUUUCUUAUCGAAAGUUCAUAUGCAUAUAUGUACAUAUAUAUAUUUUUUAUACGGGAUUGUCGUGUAUAUAUGAUGAUUAAACAUUCCAAAUGCACGUAUAUCGUGUACA